GGAAAGGAAGUUCUUUGGCUCACACACCACAUCUCACCCACGACGCCAGCCCUUCACGCCAGAGCAAUAUUCGCGACCUUGGCGCCAGACCGUGUCUCAUACCUUCAUAACGCCCAUCACCCUCGCCGCUCUCCCCGAACUGCACCCAAGUCGCUCCCUUCCUCGGCCCCAAGCACCCAGCUGUCUUGUUCCCGUCCCGUCACCAAGCUCUGCCGAGCACGACAACACAUCCACCACACACGCCAUGACCACCAGAACGGCGGGCGGCAACGCUGCCUUCCACAACUUCCACAAUGACUAUGCUCACAUCGCCGACCCCAACGAGCGACGACGUCUCGCCCUUGCUGAGAUCGACAAGGCACCGUUCGGUUGGUACCAUGUGCGUGCCGUCGCCGUCGCCGGCAUUGGUUUCUUCACCGACGCCUACGACAUUUUCGCCAUUGGAAUCGUGACCACCAUGUUGGGUGUCGUCUACUGGCAGGACCCGUCUAUCAAGAAAUCGGCACAAGGAAAGAUCCCAGUCCACGCCGAUACUGCUAUCAAGGUCGCGACCUCGGGCGGUACUGUUGUUGGGCAGCUUGGCUUUGGCUUCCUCGCCGAUGUCGUCGGUCGGAAGAGGAUGUACGGUCUUGAGUUGAUCAUCAUCAUCUUCGCAACUCUCGCUCAGGCCCUGUCGUCAAACUCUCCCUCCAUGUCCAUCGUCGGAACCAUUAUCUUCUGGCGUGUGCUCAUGGGUAUCGGUAUCGGUGGUGACUACCCUCUUUCCUCAGUCAUCACUUCCGAGUUCGCUACCACCAAGUGGAGAGGAGCCAUGAUGGGAGCUGUCUUUGCCCAGCAGGGUCUUGGACAGUUCGGUGCUGGUAUCAUUGCGCUCAUCGUCACCGUCGGUUUCAAGGGCUCUCUCCAGAGUGCUACCAGCCAGGCUACUUGUGAUGGCGUCUGCCGAGAGGCCGUCGACAAGAUGUGGCGUGUCAUCAUUGGAAUGGGCGCCGUUCCGGGUUGCAUUGCUCUCUACUUCCGUCUCACCAUCCCCGAGACUCCUCGAUACACCUUCGAUGUCUCCCGCGAUGUUGUCAAGGCUGGCUCCGACAUCAAGGCCUACCUCAGUGGAACCGCCGAGGGUAUUCCAGAUGAGGUUGCCCGCGUCAGCAGCAUGCGCGACAACGCACCAAAGCUCGACGUUCCGAAGCCAUCCUGGAGAGACUUCGGCACUCACAUCAUGCAGUGGAGAUACGGCAAGGUCCUCUUCGGAACCGCUUCUUCCUGGUUCUUGCUCGAUGUUGCCUUCUACGGUGUCGGUCUCAACAACUCCACUAUCCUCCAGGCCAUCGGAUACGGCAAGGGCAACGACAUGUACGAGUUCUUCUACAACAUUGCUGUGGGUAAUGUCAUUCUGGUCUGCGCCGGUGCCAUUCCAGGCUACUGGGUGACUGUCGCCCUCGUCGACACCAUCGGCCGUAAGCCAAUUCAGCUUAUGGGCUUCAUCAUUCUCACCAUCAUCUUCUGCAUCAUGGGUUUCGCCUACCACCAUAUUGGCACGGGCGGUCUCUUGGCCUGCUACGUUAUUGCCCAAUUCUUCUUCAACUUCGGACCCAAUUCAACCACCUUCAUCGUGCCAGGAGAGUGCUUUCCAACCCGUUACCGAUCUACCUGCCACGGCAUCUCCGCCGCAUCUGGCAAGGUCGGUUCCAUCAUUGCUCAGGCUGCCAUCGCACCUCUCCGUACUCGUGGUGCAACCUCCACCAAUGCGUCGCCAUGGCUCAACCAUGUCCUCGAGAUCUUCGCCCUUUUCAUGCUUCUAGGAUGCUUCACCACUCUCCUGAUCCCAGAGACCAAGAGACUUACCCUGGAGCAGCUCGCUGGUGAGGUUCCAGGCACCCCACAAUACGACCCAGUACUCGCCGGUACCGCCAACCGCGUCGACUCGAGUCCAUCAACGGAAGAGCACAUCACCGAAAUGGAGAAGGGCGAGCGUUAAUGUUUUUUUUUCCAGAUUGUCGUAAAUUACAGCAUAGACGGCGAUGGUCAUGAUGAAUGGAUGCAUACAUGGACGAGCGUUGUCUAGCUUAGCGAUACUUAAAGAUACCACUGUGAAUAAUGAAUCAACUGUAUUCGUCCAA